AUGCAUGAUGAACCCCCGGAGACAAUACCGGGCCUGCAGUGUCUCUUCGGUCCAAACAAACACAGUCACAGACAAAGUUCCUCAGUCACUAUCCUCCAGCACACCGACGCAACUCGGGAGCGCCAAGGUGGCUCAUCAGUGGUUUCCAAGGCAACUACCUCUGACCCCCCAGCUCUCACAAACCUAAAUGCUGCUCAUACUGAAUCAUCAACAGCUGAGCCAGGCAGCACUUGCCGAACCCAAAGCCUUCCAAAAACCGUCUGCAUCACAACACUGGACAUACGAAACCCGCUGCCCCUUGACUCUCUUUCUCCUCUAACACCUCCUCUUCCUCCUCCUCCUCCUCCUGCUGCAGACAGCCCAUACCUCCCACCUCUGUCACUUCCAGAUCUGCCUCCACCUCUGCCAUCAUCCAAACCUUUUUGUACCUCCAGUCCCUCAACACCGCCUCCUGCUGAGAGCCCCCAUCGUCCGACCACUCUCAACCUAAAAACGCUGCCGCGGCCAACCGUCAGGGAGAACGGCGGCCCCCCGCCCGGGUUGGAUGAGGAAGAGGAGGAGAAGAAGAUGCUUGAGGAGGAUCUGAAGAAAUGUAUUGAGGAGUUCAAGAAGAUCCGCUUGCCCAGAGAGUUUCCUGAUCGCAAGAGACACUGGCAAAGCGACUUGCUCAAGAAGUACAACGCGUAGAGCGCUUUGCUGCCCAGGAUUUUAUUACUAUGCUGUAAGCAGUGGACUCCAGAUUUAUACAUGUUGCUCUGAGUCAGCAAGUUUACUUUAAGUUCUAAUGUAGUAGUUUUUGCAUGUCAACACAACUAAAAUGUUUGAUUAAGGUUAGCGUUUAAUUAGGCUGAGCUUGUCCAGCAAUCAAACAUCCACGAUAAAGAGAGAGAUUUGCUUUUUCCCAUCAUAAGAAACAUCCUAGAUUGUUAGUGACACUUUGUUCCACACCUUUAUUUGGAGACAUAAAAAAAGAUGGAAAUCUAUUUAUUUUCACUCAGUCAAAGGAUAAUAUAUGUAAUGUGGUUAAUUAGAGAUUU